AGGCAUGCACCACCAUGCCUGACUCAUUUGAAGAUCUAUGGAGUAUUCAUGAUCUAGAAUCAAGAUACCAGGAAAGCCAAGCUGGAAAUUCAAGGAAAGUUAAACAUCAGAAAACUCGUACCACAGAGAAAGCCUAUGAAUGUAAGGAAUGUGGGAAGUUCUUCUGUCAGAAGUCUGCCCUCAUAGUACAUCAGCAUACUCACUCAAAGGGCAAAUCCUAUGACUGUGAUAAAUGUUGGAACUCUUUCUCCAAAAAUGAAGACCUCACAAGACAUCAGAAAAUUUACACGAGAGAUAAAACCUACAAGUGUAAAGCAUGUGAGAAAAUAUUUUACCACCUAUCAUCUCUCAGUAGACAUCUGAGAACCCAUGCAGGAGAGAAACCCUACGAAUGUAAUCAGUGUGAGAAAUCCUUCUACCAGAAACCACAUCUCAUAGAACAUCAGAAAACACACACAGGGGAGAAACCUUUUGAAUGUACUGAAUGUGGGAAGUUCUUCUAUGUGAAGGCAUACCUCAUGGUACAUCAGAAAACACACACAGGGGAGAAACCCUAUGAGUGUAAGGAGUGUGGGAAAGCCUUUUCCCAGAAGUCACACCCCACAGUACAUCAGAGAACACACACAGGGGAGAAACCCUAUAAAUGUAAGGAAUGUGGGAAAUUCUUCUCUAGGAAUUCACACCUCAAAACUCAUCAGAGAACUCACACAGGAGAGAAACCCUAUGAAUGUAAGGAAUGUAGGAAAUGCUUCUACCAGAAGUCAGCCCUCACAGUACAUCAGCGAACUCACACAGGGGAGAAACCCUUUGAAUGUAAUAAAUGUGGGAAAACCUUUUACUAUAAAUCAGACCUCACUAAACAUCAGAGAAAACACACAGGGGAGAAGCCCUAUGAAUGCACAGAAUGUGGCAAAUCUUUCUCUGUGAAUUCGGUCCUCAGAUUACAUCAAAGGACUCACACAGGAGAGAAGCCCUAUACAUGCAAGGAAUGUGAGAAGUCCUUUUUUCGGAAGUCACAUUUUAUUAUACAUCAGAGAAAACACACAGGGGAGAAGCCCUAUGAGUGUCAGGAGUGUGGGGAAACCUUUAUCCAGAAGAAGUCACAACUCACUGCACAUCAGAAGACACACACAAAGAAGAGGAAGGCUGAGAAGCAAGAUGAGUUGAGAAAUUCUCUUGACUGAAUUCAUCCUUCAGAACAAUCAGAUAAUUCACACAAGAGGUACACCUUAUGAAUGGCCUCAAUAUAGGAAAAUUUUCACCUACAAUCUUUGCUCUUUCUGUGUAUCAGCAAAUACAUAGAGAGAAAUUCUGUACAUUUAUUUGGGAGAAAAUUUUAUCAUAUUGUAGACUUUUGUAAAUCCCAGAUAAUAUAAAUGGCAGAAGUCAUGCAAAUUGUAAAACAGGAGGGAAGCCUUUCAGAAGUCAUACUUUUGUUCUGCAACAUAGAAAUCACACAGGAGAGAUCUCCUGUAAGUAAAACGAAUGUCAGUACAUUUUCUGUCAGGGCAGCCAGCUGUAGACAUCCAAAAGUUCAAGAGUGAGAAGCUCCUUGAGUAUCCAGAAAUCUCUUUACACAAUUGGAGCUCAUAUACUAGAGAAUUCAAAGGGAUAACUGCAAAGACAGUGGUAGAUAUAGAAACCUUUAUUAAGAAUUGCUGUUUCAUUCAAUGUCAGAUUACUGGUACUUGGAUAGAUAUUUUAAAUAUUUGGGAGGUGUUCAACAAAAAUUCAAAUAAUUUGUACUGAGGGAAACAGUUAUACUAGAAAUCAUGUCGCCAAUCUGAUGCCAAGAUUGUUCUAUUUUAAAAGGAAACCUGCAAAUGUCUACAUAUAUGAAGCUUUUAAAAAGCACAAAUUAUCAGGCAAUAUCAUUAAACAUACAUUAAAUGUCUUUUAGUAUAUAGGACUUUGUAUGUGAGUGUGCUAUAACAUGUAACUUACGGAUGUUCAACAUGCAUGUGGAAUCCAUCCAUAAUUGUACAUAUGGAAUAUGUAACCUUAGUUCAGUGACCAUUAUGUGUAUGAAGAUGUUGCACAUUAAGUCUCACUAGUGACUCUUGUUAAUAUUUGUAUUGUAAGUGUAGUAUUCCUUUUAAAUUAUAAGGCUUCUUUUUCUCCUAUUUUUUGGUGUUUGUAAAUGGAUAUAGACAGUGGUACUAAACUAAUCCUUCAAAAAGAAGUUAAAAUGUUUUUGUAAAAUUUUCAAAUGUCAGCCAAGUUUUGCGUUAGGAACACAUUUAUAUAUAGCAAAAGCCUGAGCUGUUUUUAAACAGCUAAAAACAGUAAUAUUUAUUACAAUCUAUACAGUGAAAACAAAUAGUGUAAUGUAAGAAGUAUUAUGUAUCUUACUGUUGAUGUGUGAGCAGGGAGCAGAGCUAUCUGCAUUUGUAUUUUGUCUGAGAGUCCUAAGUGUUCUUCACCAACAUUUUCUUCCUCAUAGAAGCAACAUGACAUAGUUAAGGGUGUGAACUCUGUACUCCUGCUGCCUGGGCCCCAAUUCCAGCCUGGGGCAUGCUACUCUGUGUGCCUCAUUUCCCUUCCCAUAAAAGAGUAGUGAUAGUGACAACAUCUUAGGAUUGCUUUGAGGUCUAAAUGAGUUGAAAUUUUCAAAGCACUUAGAAUAGUGUCUGAGACACAAGAGCUAUAUGUUAGAGGCUAUCAUCAUCAUUAUUUGUAUUUUGUGAAUUACGCUGCAAAAAAAAAAAAAAGUUGGCUACCCAACAAUCAUCCCCCACCUUCUUGCUGCCAGUGCCUUGAUUUGGUUGUUUGUUGUUUGUUUUCCUAGAAGUGAUUUAGGGGCAGAUCCUGACUAUGCUAAGUCAGGGUUUGACAAAUGAUGGUCCAUCAGACAGAUCUAGCCCACUACCCAUUUUUGUAUCCUGCAAGCUAAGAAUGAUUUUAUAUUUCUAAAUGGUUGAAAAAAAAUCAAAGAAUAUUGUGACACAUGAAAAUUAUAUGAUAUUCAAAUUUCAGUGUCCAUAAAUAGAGUGUUGAAAACACGAAUACAAACAAAAACAUCUGUUUAUGUUUGACCUGUGGCUGUCUUUGCACUACCCCAGCAGAGUUGAGUAGUUGUGGCAGACACCUUAUGCCCUUGAGCCUAUGAUCUAGCACUUUACAAAGUAAGUUUUUCUUUUACUUACAAUUGAAAAUAAAAGCAAUGUAGAGUUAUGCUUUUAUAAAUAUUGCAUGUUUCAGAAAUGAUGCAUACAGCAAUUUGUAGGUGGAUAGGUUUUUUUUGCAGUAUAUUUAUUUUGUGCAUUAUAUUUAUAUGUUAAGAGCCUGAGCUUAGAAGUACUUUUUCAAAGAAAUGUGUUUUUUACUUGCUGACUUGUCAUAACAUCAAAACAAGAAAUUUCUUGAUGGAAUGUAGCAGUAAAAUAUGAAAUAAACAUUGUCUAAAUUAAAUUGAA